AUGGAACCCUCUGCUUGUUUCCAGGCUGUGCUUCGAACCGUCCCCUGGCGCGUGCUCUGCGGGCGGGGGAGAUCUCGCGCGCCCUUCAGCGCACGUGCCUGGUACCAGAUGCCACUGAAGGAAGGUGACUCGGGGAAGCCGUUAGCAGAUGGUUCUGGUGGCGUCAGCAUCUUGGGGCCGAAGCGGCCGUUGGGUCGGCAGGAUCUGAUUAAGCUGUUGGAAGCCUCGGUGGUGCACAGGGAUGGUGCGCUUGUGGCUAUCAGCAAACCCCCUGGCUUGCCUGUAUCAGGGAAACCGGAGAGCGUGACUUUGGUGUCUCUCCUACCUGAUCUAAGCAAGAAACUGGGCCUCUCGCAGGAUCUGCAGGUGAUCAAAGCUCCAGGAAAGGAAAGUUCCGGCCUUGUCCUGCUCUCGGAUUGCCAGAAGACGAUGCAGCAUUUUCAGGAGUUCUAUGCCCGGUGUCUCAAGGCAAGAUGUCCAGUGGCUACCUACUGUGCCGUCACAACCAGGCUGCCUGCAGACUCGGAGGGCGAAAUUAGCACAGGCCUCCAGCAGAUACACAAGGAAGAUUCUCAGCUGGUGGUGCCCGUGGCUUCUCCGUCUCGUAGCAACCUCCGGAGGAGAGAGGUAAAAAACACACGGACGUACUACAGGGUGUUGGACUCCCAAGAUCACUGCGCCUUGGUGGAGCUUCAGCCGCUGGCAGCCUUCCCGUGUCAGCUCCUGGUGCAUCUGACACUGAUACUGAGUCCAGUCCUAGGGGACCACGUGUAUUCUUCCCGUGUAGGGACGGUCCUGGGGGAGCCCUUCCUCUUGCCCGCUGAGAGCACCCCGCCUCGGACACAGGCCCUGGAUGAGGCUGUGCUACGCAAGCUUCACCUGCAGCAGUCACAAGUGCAUCGCCUGCCCCUCCACCUCCACCUCCACCAGCUCCUCCUGCCAGGUGACGUCUCCUCUGCCUCCAGCACGGCGCUCACGGCUCCUCCUCCUCCCUUCUUCCUGCAGACGCUUAGUCUUCUGGGGCUUCGUCUUCCAACAGAACAAGCAAAGCCAAGGCAUUCGGAGCGCCUGCCCUGGCCUGGCAGGAGUCGCACCUGCCCUAGUAAAGUCGAAACGGUAGCCUCAAGUCAGGUGAAGAAGGCCUCAUUGGAAAGGAGGCCUGUCGCUGCAGACAGAGGGAACAAUCUUGCCCCCUGGCGGGAAGAUGUACACAGUGAAUAG